UUAAGGCACUAGAGUUAAGAAUCAACCCGUACACCCUCACUCUUUUAUAUCAGUAUUUUCUGUACAAGCAAAGCCAUGGAUUAUCACCAUCUUCUGCUGCUGUGGAUCUGCUGCCUUCUGCCAGAUCUUCAGCUCUGUUUCAACUUUGAUACCAAGAACUUUAAGAUCUUCUCUGGUUCUAAAGAAACCCAGUUUGGAUAUACAGUUCAACAGCAUGAAGUUGGAGGACGCCAAUGGUUGUUGGUUGGAGCUCCCUUUGAAUCCACAGGAAAGCAGCAAACUGGCGAUGUGUACAGAUGUCCCCUGGAUACUAGAAAAUCUGUAAACUGCAACCGACUCCACUUGGGGAAUCUUUCCCUUCCCAACGUGUCUGAGAGGAAAGACAAGAUGAGGCUGGGAAUGACGCUAACCUCCAACCCUAAAGACAGCAGCUUUGUGACAUGUGGUCCACUCUGGUCUCAUGAAUGUGGAAGCUCCUUAUACAGCACAGGCAUCUGCUCCAGAGUCAACAGAAACUUCAGACUCUCCCAAAUUGUUGCACCAGCCCUGCAGAGGUGCGAGACCUUCAUGGACAUUGUGAUAGUUCUGGAUGGUUCUAACUCCAUUUACCCCUGGUAUGAGGUUCAGGACUUCAUCAUAAACGUCUUACACAAGUUCUACAUUGGCCCAGGUCAGACACAGGUGGGUGUGGUUCAGUACGGCUCCACAGUGGUCCAUGAGUUUGGUUUAGGUGAGUACCAGACAGUAGAAGAUGUGGUGGAGGCUGCCAGGAACAUCCACCAACGGGGUGGAGAGGAGACGAGAACAGCACUGGGCAUCAAUGUGGCACGGUCAGAAGCCUUCCAGCGUGGUGGCCGGCCAGGAGCCCAGAAGGUGAUGAUUGUGAUUACAGACGGUGAAUCUCAUGACAGUCCUCAGCUGGUACAGGCAGUCACCGACAGCGAGAAAGAAAACAUCACCAUGUAUGCCAUUGCUGUUCUGGGUUACUACAACCGUCGAGGAAUCAACCCUGAAGCCUUUCUCAAGGAAAUCAAGUUUAUUGCCAGUGAUCCUGAUGAGAAGCACCUCUUUAAAGUGACAGAUGAAUCAGCACUGAAGGACAUUGUAGAUGCUCUGGGAGAAAGGAUUUUUUCUCUAGAAGGAACCAGCAGUCAGGGUCAAGGGUUCAACCUGCAGAUGGCUCAGGCUGGUUUCUCCUCUCAUUUAGUCAAGGAUGGUGUUCUGCUUGGAGCAGUGGGUGCCUAUGACUGGAAUGGUGCAGUGCUGAAAGAAACUAAACAUGGGAAAAUUGUCGCACCAAAAUCCUCCUACCAGAAUGAGUUUCCACAGGCGCUGAAGAACCAUGCAGCCUAUCUGGGCUACUCAGUGGGCUCCCUCAUUACAUCGCGCGGCUUUCAGCUCUAUGUGGCUGGAGCUCCAAGGUUCAACCACACUGGCAAGGUCAUAGUUUUCACCCUGAAGAACACUGGAAACCUGACCAUUCUGCAAUCACUGCUGGGAGAGCAGAUCGGAUCAUAUUUUGGCAGUGAGUUGUUAUCAAUGGACGUAGACAGUGAUGGACAGACAGACCUUCUUCUAGUCGCAGCACCCAUGUACUACAGUCAAGGCUGGGAGAAAGGGAAGGUUUACAUCUACUCUGUUACACCACAGACAUCAUUCACCCUGCAGGGAGUGCUGGAAUUGUCAGACCACUCUGAGAACUCUCGGUUUGGUUCAGCACUGGCCCAGAUAUCUGACAUGAACGGAGACGGGUUCAGGGAGCUUGUGGUAGGAGCACCACUGGAGGACAAUCACCAGGGAGCAAUCUAUGUCUUUCAUGGCAAAAAAAUGGACAAAACCCCCCAACUCCAGUUAAAACAACGUCUGUCUGCUGCUGGUUUUUCUCCACAUCUGCAGUAUUUCGGUCAAAGUCUUCAUGGAGUUUUGGACGUCAAUGCAGAUGGCCUUGUUGAUCUUGCUGUAGGAGCACUGGGAGCUGCAGUCAUUGUCUGGUCUCGUGGUGUGGUACGGAUUCAGGCUAAAUUGACUUUUGAACCUGAGAAGGUCAACAUUUUCAAUAAGGACUGUCAACGAGGCAGGAAGGAGGUCACCUGUAUGUCUGUCACUGUCUGCCUGAGUCUGGAAUCCAGGACAAAAACCAAGACAGACGUCGCUGUUUGGUACAAUUUGGUAUUGGAUGAGAGGCGUUUUCCUCCCCGAGCAGUCCUGGAUGAAUCGGACCGACAUCAGCCCAGAAAUCUUUUUUUGCAGACUGGAAGCCAGAAAUGCCAACACCUCGGCUUCUCCGUCCAGGAGACAACAGAUUACGGACGUCCCAUUGGGGUUGUCCUGGAGACAGGAUUGCAGAGCCUAGAUGACGGGCCAGUGUUAGACCCAGACUGGCCAAGCGUAUCCAGAGCUGAGCUUCACUUCUGGAAUGGAUGUGAACAGGAAGAUCAAUGUGUUCCUGACCUAAUCCUUCACAGUCACACUGAUCUAAAAAACGUUCAGCAGUUCUGCAGCUCAAGGGAAUGGGCUGGCAUCUCACUAUGCAAUCAUCAAGGGACACGUGAGGACCAGACGUUUGUGGUGGAGUCUGGUCGGAGGAGGAUGGUGGUGUUUGCUCUACUGGAGAACCAAGGAGAGAAUGCAUACGGAACUGCCAUCCAUAUCUCCACCUCCCCCAACCUGCUUUUCUCCACUCUCUUGGUCAAGGACCAAUCUGAUAUCCAGAUUGAGUGCAACUCAGAGGACAGACUGGCUAGUCAAAAGAGCUGUAACAUCAGUGCUCCAUUCAUGAAGUCGCUGUCCCAGGUAACUUUCCGACUGGAGUUUGAGUUCAGCCGUUCUAUCUUUCUGGAUCACGUACGAGUCAUCAUGGCAGCUACCAGUGACGGAGAAGAGGGAUACCCCGAUGACAACAUCAAUGAUAUCUUCCUCCCUUUGAAAUACCAAACUGACCUCCUCUUCACCAGAGAUCCUAACCCUCCUCAUUUUGAAAUCAGAGCAGACUCCUCUCCAUCCUGGGACCAACCAGACAAUUCUUCCACCUUCAACUUAACUUAUUAUAUUCAAAACCUGGGCAUCUUUCCAGUGCAGGACAUCCUGUUCAUGGCUGAUAUCUGGGCAGUCACCUGGAAGGGGAACCAGCUGGUGAACAUUACAGACUAUAGCAUUGAACAGCAGGUAGCUGGGUCGCACUGCAUGCUGCCUCAUCUCAUAACAACCAGUCCUGUUACACCAGAGGACCUGUCUCACCUGUCACAACUGAACCACACUAACAGUGUGAGCAUGGCAGUACAUUGCAAACUGAGCCUUCUGGCCUCCAGAGAAGUAAAAGUGACACUCAGAGGACGACUUCAUCUCUCAGCGCUGCUUGCUGUAAGCUUCAGGUCUCUGGAGUUGUUGACUGCUGCCUCUAUCCAGCUGGAAGAAUCCAGUCCUAUGUUCCUCCAGGAGGACAGGCCUGUCAGACAGAUAAUCCUGGAUAUGAAGAAAGAGGAGGAUCCCUCCAUCCCAAUAUGGAUAAUCCUGGGAAGCUCGCUGGGAGGCCUGCUGCUACUAGCCUUACUGGUCUUGGCCUUAUGGAAGCUUGGCUUUUUCAACAGACGGAGAAGACAAGAAGAGGAGGAGCAGCCUGUGGUUAAUGGGAAGGCAGCGCAAGAGCUAUAAUAUGUAGGUGUCAGUGUUGCAUUGAAUGGGUGAAGCCAUAAAAUGAGGUUGCAGACUGAAUUGAACCUGUAGGGGUCCUUACUAGGAAAGCCCUUGAGAAAAUUGAGAAAAAGUUAAAUAGUAUAUUUCAUCUUUCAUGUGAUGACACCCCAACUUGUAACUCAGGGAUACUGAUGCCUCACCCCCAAGCUAACUGCUCAAGCAGUUACAGCCACCACUACCCAAGCCAGCUAUGCUUCGUAGAUAUGACCUACUUGGCAAAGAGUGUCUGUGUGCGGACUUAGUCACCUGAAACAAUGAACAAUACACAACACAUACCUAUUUAUGUUCUUGCAAAUCAGCCAGCUUCAUGUCCAGCUGGUCAGCCUGUCAGAAAACUAACAAGUCAUCAACACCAGCCCAAAGUCAUUUUAACAUAGAUUUUUUUUUUUAUCACAUCAUAUAUCUUAACACUUUAAUGUUUUAAAAAUAGAAUUCAUCUGCAGUCCACAAUUUCCCUGUUAUCUGAAUCAUUUAUUGGUCCAUAGACUUUUAACAGUUAAAAAUAACUAUUAUUCUUAUAUGCAGUGUAAAUACAUACCCUGGUGUUUCACAAUGUUUGCAUUCUGUAUAUAUUUUCAAGUAGGCUUCAGUAAAUACCAAUAGACGCGACCUUGCAACAACAAAUACCGUAUAAUCACAAUUACAGGAAGCAGUCGAAUAGAUAGACAUGGUACUACAAAACAUUUCAACAACACAUCAAAUAUACACCUAUAGCUGAAUAUAGAUAAUACAUAUAAUAUCUCACAAUGCAACACAAAGCAUGCAUUUAUGUGCAGGUGUUCAAACUGAAACAAGUGUUGAGUUUUACUAACGGUAAGGGUCACAGGUUGGCCUUCUGCCCCGUCCAUGGCUGUGCUAUCCUGAGCAAGCAUCCAACCGGCGGUCUACCUGAGUCAGCCCACGGCUCCAACCAUACACACACUGUGUGAACAAAUGGAUGGCUCAAAUGCAGAGAAGGAACUUCACCACAAGGGAUCAAUAAAGAAAUCAUCAUUAUUAAUAUCAUUAUAUCCUGAACGGUUUGCAAAACUUUUUUAUGGAGUUCAGGAAUUUGCAAACUGAAAUCACUAUGUCAGAUACACAUCAAUAAACUGUCAACAUACAAGUCUAUAAAGAGUUCACUAUGAUGAAGUUUUAUACCAUGGAGCCUUGAUUUCUAAUUGCUCUUGUGAGAGGUUCUAAGGCUAAAUUGGUGCAUUACAACAAUAGAAAAUACAUACUGCAAACAAGAUUUGUUAUUUCCAACUUUGCUGGAAUUCUUUUUCACCUUUUAACUCAACGUGUCUGAGGCUACACUAUACAUCUAGAAAGGUUGCGUGUUUAGCUGGUCUCGUUGUGGAUUGGUGAUGGUAGACUUGUUUUAAACAAACUCCCCCUCUCAAAAAUAGUGUUUCCAGCAUCUCCAACCAAACCUCCAAAACUCUCUGAGUAAAUAAUAGUUUAAUAAUAAAAGUUUUUCAUAAAGUAAAACUUUUGUACUGUUCUAGGUCCAGUCAGGGGACAGGGGGUUCCAAUUACUUUAAGGAAUCUUUGGUCCCAUCAUCUGUAAAAUACAUUGUGCCGUGUAAGUACACAAGAAGAUGUGAAUGUUCAUGAUGAUAGUGAAUUAUUGUCUAAUGGCUUACUGAAAUACAGUCAUAACAGAAGACUUGGUUGAACAAACGCUGACCCUUUUCUUGAACUUCUGUAUAGGUAAGUGGUUCAGAUAAUGUGGAUAAACUGGGAAAAUCUUUGUGAUUACAUGCAACUCUUACUGACUUAAGACGAUGUCACAGUGUGUGAUGAGCAAAACUGAGGAGUUGAUCAGAUCUAAAGACUACAGCUGCUGCGUAAAACUGAAAAGAGUAAUAAACAAACCUGUAAAAAUAAAAUUCUGUCUCUAAAAUAAGACCGUUUGUUUGAAAUUUUAGAACAUUUGGUUGAAACUUACGUUUGGAUAAGAACCAUUAAAAACUCAGAGUAAUGAGACCAUAUGAAAAAGCAAAGCAUACUACCUAAGGUGGCUAAAUUUAUUUAGUUGUAUCCUUUUCUGAUAUUAAUGGAAGCUGUAAAUGUAUCUUAUUAACAUGUUAUAUAUUGUUCCCAAAUGUAUUACUGGUGCACUUUUGUAUAAAGUAAAACUUGAACUUUGGUAAAUAUACACAUGAUUAAUGAGCAUGGAGGCAGUGUUGUUUCACAUGAAACUGUAUUCAUAAUUUGUAUUGCCACUUUGCCAGUGUAUUUACCCAGUACGUUUCCAUGUGUUAAAUUUUUAAUAUCUUAAUAAAGCUAAGAAAUAUAUUUAAAACAAACCAUG